AUGCCCCUUGAGCACUUGAGCACCAAACUUUUCCAGACCACAGCGGCUGCUCAGGUCACAAAGUUCCAUUCAGUCCGCCCACCGCAGUUGCCAAUCCGUGAUUACCUCUUCAGGAUUGCCAAGUACUUCCAGUGCAGCCGCGAAUGCUUUGUGCUGUGCUUGGUGUACAUUGACAGAAUUGUGAAGUUACAUCCAGACUUCACGAUAUGCAGCCUGAACAUACACAGGUUGCUUGUUACCAGCGUGAUGCUGGCAGUGAAAUUCUUCGACGACGUUUAUUACAGCAAUGCCUACUAUGCCAAGGUGGGAGGCGUCAAGACCCGCGAGGUGAACAUCUUAGAAGGGCAAUUUCUCCAGCUCAUCGAGUGGAAGCUGCAUGUGACUCCUGAGGACGCAGAGAAGGGAGGGGGGGGGGAGGUAAGGUUACAAGAAGUGACUUUCCCAGAGCUGUUUGUCACCCGAUUCCGCCACCACCUGUCCCACGACAAUGGGAAACACGUGAGAUGA